CUCAAGGAACCAGCAACGUGACCAUUUUACCGAGACAGGAUUUUACAUUUAUUUAUUUCGAAACACUCCCUUGGACAACUGACUACAUGUUCCACAAGUGAAAGAAGGGAGGAGGGCUUUUACAUAGCCUUUAAACUGGUUGAGCCAGAGUGGACCCGCACCUCCACUGCUUGGCAGGCGUGUGGAAGAUGAGUGGCGGCAUGGUGGCAGUGCCCAGCCCUCUGGCCCCGCGCUCAGUCUCGCCCAGGCUGGCAGUGCCCGUCGUGCUACUGCUGGCCACACUCACCAGGGCCCACGCGUCAGGAUGCCCCCGGCCCUCGGGCGUGCAGCACGGCUGGGUGAACCUGACGGAGACCAAUCGGGGCUCGGUCCCUGUGGGCACACUGCUGCAGUACAGCUGCUACCCGGGCUACAUGCUGGACGGGCCCAGCAUCAUCACGUGCGCCGCCUCGGGACACUGGUCCUACGAGCCUCCCCUCUGCAUACGCACAGACGCUUGUCGACCGCCCAGCAAGCCAGAGAACGGGGGUUACACCUGCCACCCCUCCCCCUGCCGUCAGUUUACCCAGGGCACGGCUAUCGAGUACUACUGCGACGAAGGGUACACGCUCAGGGGGGAGUACAAGUACCGCACCUGCCAGAAUGGCGAGUGGGACCUGGGCUUGCUGAUUAGCUGUCACCUGAUCCAAGACAACAUGGUGCAGGGAUGCCCCCGGCCCUCGGGCGUGCAGCACGGCUGGGUGAACCUGACGGAGACCAAUCGGGGCUCGGUCCCUGUGGGCACGGUGCUGCAGUACAGCUGCGACCCGGGCUACAUGCUGGACGGGCCCAGCGUCGUCACGUGCGCCGCUUCGGGACACUGGUCCUACCAGCCUCCCCUCUGCAUACGCACAGACGAUUGCCAGCCGCCCAGCGAGCCAGAGAACGGUGGCUAUACCUGCCACCCGUCCCCUUGUCAUCGGCUGACCCAGGGCACCGUGAUCGAGUACUUCUGCGACGAGGGCUUCGCCCUGAAAGGAGAGUACAAUUACCGCACCUGCCAGAAUGGGGAGUGGGACUCAGCCAUGCAAGUCAGCUGCCACCAAAGUCAAGGGAAGGACGAGCACUCGCCGCUGGCCAUGCCGGCCCUGUCCAUCGUGGCGUCCACCGCCAGCUCCGUGGCCCUCAUCCUGCUGCUGGUGGUGCUGUUCGUGCUGCUGCAGCCCAAACUCAAGUCCCUGCACCACAGCCGACGUGAGCAGGGUGUGUCGGGCCAGCCGUCCUCCAUCGUAGUGGAGGGGGUGCAGGUGUCGCUGCCCUCCUACGAGGAGGCCGUGUAUGGCAGCAGCGGCGUGGCCACAGCCGCCUCCUCCUCCUCCUCCGCGCCCCAGGAGUCCCGCGUGCAAAUCGUGCUCUCCGAGGGCCCCCAAUCCGACGGCGGCUCCCAGGCCGACUGUCGCCUCCUCCCUUGCACCUCCUCGUCCUCGUCCUCCGCCAGUUCCUCGCGCUCCCUGCGUCACGCCGAGACAGUGCUGGUGCACCCGGCGCCCUCCUGCUCGUCCUCGUCGUCCCCCUCGCCCUACUCGCCCCCCUCGCCCUGCUCCUGGGCCGCUGAGCAGCCUAGUUCGUCGGGCGCCAGCGCCGCUGCUGGCCCACUGCCCCAUGAUUCGGAGAGCAGCGACCAGCACAGUCUGCUCUCCCUCACCUCCUCCGAGGACUUUGCUGACGAUAUUCCUUUGUUGAAGGAAGCCUAAGGCCUAUUCGCAAACAACACCCCCUCACCCUGCUGAUGCCAACGAGGACUAUGGCCUCUGGAGCCUUCUUCUCCGAGCACCCCGGACCCCUGACCCUUCUCCUCUGACCCCCUUGGGCCAAGAUGAUGCUGGCCAGGGCCUGCUCUUCGCUCUAUCUAUACACUGCAAUGACCACCUUCCCAAAAAAGAAAAAAAAGGAAACUAUGAGGCCUGACAGCUGUAGGUUACAGCUGUCAUUCGCUCAACCAUUGCUGUCCCAGAAAAAAAGACGUCCGCUCACACAAAUGACCACCGGCAAACAGCAUAGAAUUAUACACUUUAACAUAUGAGAUAUGUACAAAGGCAUACAUAGGAAAAAGUCACCCAAGGUUUUAUUUUUUUUAUUAUUUGUAUCAAGUAUUUUUCUUCUUCAGAAAUGCAACUUUUUACCAAUAGCUCUGUCGUUAAAGGCUUGCACCGGGCUGUAUGACAUGAAAUGUCAAAAAAUCAAACCUUUCAUAUUAGAACACUGCUUGUAUCAAGGAAACGAUGGAACGCUCAGCCCAUCUCAGUGUGGGUGUGAAGUUCUGAGGGAGAACGAGGAGAGAUGAUGGGAUGUUCUCUACCGAGUCACAAGCCUGGGCCCUGCCGUCAUUUCUGUGCGUUGCAUGCAGCUGUUAGUCUGCCUCACAGGAAAGCUUCAUCACUGGGGAGACGGUAAGGAAAAGAGAAGCAUGAACUUGGCACUCCAUUUCCCAAGAUGCACCACUGGCUACGUCUGCUUUAGUAACGUGGGAUCCUGUUAGUGUUGCGCCUGCAAGGAAUGAUUCUCACUCACUGCACCAAAAGAAAUGCUGGCCUUUUGAUUUUGGUUUGGACACACACACACACAAACGUAUAUGUGCUGUGCUACUUCUAUGGCAUGAUUAUGGUUUCUUUUAAUGGUGUUUAUUUUGGUGUGUUUUUCUAAAUGUGGAGAAAAAAUGUCUGUGUGCUUCUGAAUGCCAGUUUUUCUCUCACCAUUGUCACUGUUAUGGAAUGCCAUCAUUUCAUAUGGGUUCCGUGUGUGUGUGAGUUUUUCUCAUUAAGGCUGUGAUUAUCAGUCUGAAGUUGUGUCUCUGUAUGGGAUUAAACUGCAAUAUUUAUGAUCCUAUCAGAGAAAUUGGAUCGUUGUCUUAUCAGACUGACUGGAUGACUCCCCCCAUUCCCCUCCACCUACCCCAAGCUAGCAUGUUAUGACGUGGUCCCUCAUCUACACUGUUCAUCUGCGCUGGAUUUUAAAUGCUUAAGCAUUAUGCCAGGCAUUAGUAGUUGUAAGCGAAAUCAGCUUUUUCCCCUCCCUUAUCAACACCGGAUGAGGAAUUAAAAAACAACCUAUUGUGAUGUGCUUACCUACUAAUAGUAUAAAACAAGAUUUACUCAUAGAGUUAUGAUGGCAACUGAAAAGCUGUUCACUCUAAAACAAAAAAUAAUAAUAAUAAUGUCAACUGGAGCAAAACAAAACAAAAAAAGUUGAGUGAUUGUCAUCAACGAUUACAAAGUCGCUUCGCCACUUUGGAUUGCUUUGGUUUCAGUCCAUAUGAACAGGCUGUUCCAAAGCCCCCUGGUUUUCUUUCCAACACAUGUAAAUUCCAAAUUGAUUGUAGAUGGCAGUGGUGGGUUCCAGGAAGCAUCUUCUGACAGGGACCUCAUGAUGGGAGCCGGUAUCAGAUGGGUGAUGGGUCAGUUCAGGGUGGCUGCUUUGGAGGAGUGCUUGGUCUGUGCCCCUGAUGCUCGUGAGCAUAGCAGCGCAGAUUAAUUUCUCAGACAUGGACAUACGUUUGACACUACUGCAGCACACUGCAGUAAAGAGUGGACUUUAUCAGUAUCUUACCCUUGUGUGUGUGUGUGUGUGUGUGUGUGUGUGUGUCAAGUCAAGUGUAAACUGGAGGGGACUGUCUUUCCAAGUUAAUGGAAUUGCCUUGUGAUGAAUUAACAGUUGUUGAUCAGCCACCCCGAGAAAACUUGGUUGUGUUUUUUUUUUUUUUUUUGCUGUGAUUGCUGUUCCUUGUUUGGUGAAGGCAGAGGAAAAACCAUAGGAAACUUGGUAUUCAAACCCCUUAGCUUUUUUUUUUUGUUUUUGCCUGUCAAUGGGUAUAUGAAGGCAAAAAUAGUGAUGUUGCCUUAAGAACAACAUUUUAUAAGUUACAAAAUUAUUUCUGAAUUUUCUUUUCCUGUCUGGUUUGCUUCAUGAUCUUGAGAACAGUCAUUGUCUCCCAAAUGGCCUUAUGUUAGUUUUCUAUGCAUAAACACUGUCAUUGUCACCCAAAUGGACGUAUGUUAGUUUUCUAACACUGUCCCAUGGGUAUUUCUGUUCUUUUUCUGUUUUCUGUCUUGUUUUUUUUUUUUUAGGGAGGGGAUGUUUGUUUCACUCUGCUUUCCAGGGACACGACUCAAGAAUGUCCACAUAUCUGUUUAUUGUCCACCCCAAACACUUUUCCAGUGACUGUGAUUUAAAAAAAAAAAAAAAUGAAACAAUGUCAGAGCACCUGAUUAUAUAUUUUUUCUUUCCUUUGUUACAUUUCAGAGAUUGAAGAGAUCUCAUUUCUAGUCCUGAGUCACCGUUGUGCGGUGCUUGCCCUCUGGAACGGAACAAAACAAUUUUUCUCCCCAUUUUAUCCCAUUUCACUGCUUUUACUUUAUGUUCCCUCUGUGCAUUGUGAUGGGUGUGAAGAUAGUAUUUUAAUAUUUGUAUAAAGUUUAAUUUAAUUCUACAAUGUACGUGUGUAUAUAACUAUUUCUAAUAAAAGCUUUCUUUGGAAAUGUG